ACCGCCGCGGGAGUCGCCGUAUACGCCACACGGUGCUCGCCGCUCGCUUCGAGUAGUUCUUCAACCACUCGCUAGGUGGCAGGGGUGAGUGUUCCUCAUUUUGGCGCACUCAGCUGUCAACGGAAGUCGGAACACGUGCGUGGGGAAUCGGAAACGCGCGUGUGCUGCUCGUCUCCGGAUAAACGCCGUGCCGUGUGAUAUCUUUUUGUGGUGUAAUAUUGGACAGAAGGAGUGAAACAUUUAGCUUCACUUAUCGGUGUUUCCACAAUGGCAAAGUGCAAUGAGUUUGCACUAGGACACAGCAAAGCCGUUGUGGAAGAAUGAAUGUGACACUGACGUGAGCACGUCCGUUGUGCGAGGACUUGGACAUUGGUGACACUGCAGCGUUUCUUCUACCAAUUACCUUUGGGAAUUCAGAGCACGUCAUAACGAUCAGCAUGUCGACGGACCGGAAGGAGGGGCUGAUCCCAAAGAUGAAGGCUGCCCUGGCGCAAGUGAUGAACCGUAGUGAGGCGGCACGCACAGAGGAGACGGCUAGUGGUGCCCCACCCCAGCCGAACAUCGCUCGCUCGAUUUCGGACGUGCUGAGGGCCAAGCUUCGUCCUGUGCCGGCGCGCCGGGCGAGCCCAGGAUUGGUCUCCCUGCGACGCCGGAAUGGGGGUCGCCAGACGAACGCCGAGGGCGGUGGCAGCGGCAGUAUGACCCCGCAGUCGGACAGUGGAGGUCAUACGGAGACUGCGGAUCUGCCGAGCCACAUAAGCUCCUGCGAAGGGGUAGGUUAUCCGUCAGUGCUGCCUUCUGGUGACACACUACUAGGAGCUAAGUGCGCGACUGAUAAUGAUGGACUAGCGGUGUCGAACGAAGCUGCUACGUCGGCCAGCUCCUCAUCUGCCCAAGCUGCUACCGUGGUGAGCUCCACGGAGACGGUGCUAGCCGCCGAGACCGAAUCUCUGCCGAGUACCCCAGCCGCCAGACGCGCGCCGCGGCGGACCCAAGCUAGGCGACGUGCAGUCAGUGUCCAGCGAAACCCGCGACGGCAAAAAUGUGGAACAGUCGAAUCUUCUUCGCCUCCCCCGCCUCAUUCGACACCGACCGCUGCGUUGACCGCACCUCCGUCGAUUGCAUCCUCCUAUGACGAAGGACGUCCACCAUUGCCGAAGAUCGCCAUAUCUCGCGGGCGGGACGGAGUCGUACAUCAGAAGUUAAUAUUUAGUAGCGAUUCCUCAGUUUCUUCCAAAGGCAAACAGGAAACGACGAUAGCGACAAAGAGCGACCAAUGUGAAGGAAGAAAGCCGAAACGUCGCUCACGGUCUCGCAAGGUCGUUCCAGCUGAUUUGCAACAGGACAAGGGAGACACUGAUGGACUUACCAAACGAGGUCGGCGACGACACAAGCAGAGGGUGAGUCAGACAACGUCAUUACCGGAAGCCGCCUCAACAGUCGGUUGUACUGCUUCAGCAGCUCAUGUGGAGGAUGUGUGCCUGGCGACCAAGUCUGAGCCGUCCGAAACAUCGUCCGGUGGAAACGAAGAACAAUCAUUUGCUGAAGACAAUCCAGAGCAGUCUUUCAACAACGUCCGAGAGAUUGAAGUGGCUCACCGACUCGGCCGGGGUCGAGGUCACUGCGGGGUAAGAAGACGAAUUCCUGGAUCAAGUUUGGAUGCAAAGUCCUCGUCGUCACACACAGUGCGAUCCUAUGCCCGGAUCGGUCGCGCUUCACACUACUGGCUGAUCAAGACCAGCAAAACAGUGCCCGAACAAAGCGGUGACGUGGCGUUUGAGCCAGCAGGAUUGCUUGAGUCCGACAAAGUGAUUAUGGAUGCAGGGAUUGGAACCACUGAGUCUGUGCCAAAGAUGUCGAAGUGCACAGCAUCAGCAUCAGCAGCCUCAGAUGAUGUGCGUGAAAGAGAAACAAAAAGAAAGCAGAAACGGCGAGGAGGUGGUCCUCGACAAGAAAACCCUUCACUGGCAGCGUUAAAACAACGCGAAUACCGCGCCCGACGGCAGGCAAGGGGCGGCCGACCCUUAGGACAGCGGAGGAAAAAACGCCUUUCCAAGAGCCUUGUCGGUGGUUCAGCAACUGAUAACGGCAGCUCACUUCAGUCUGUGGCCGUGAACGGAAAGGAGGCUAUGGCUUCAAAUGGUGUGGAUGUUGCUUCUUCGCUAUCUCCUGAAGAUGCAGAAAACCCAGGAGAAAACAUUUGCAUCCAAGAGAACGAACCCGAGACAGCGACCGGAAAUUUGGAGCGGAAUAUGGCCUACAGCUGUGCGAAUGCUGGUGCUAGCAUAUCUUUGGAUGUCGGAAAUGCAGAACAGGAUAUAUCUACCGAUCGUGUGGGUGCCGCUGCUUCGAUGUCUCCCGAUGAAGCCAACAACCCCAGCGAAGCUGUCUGUGAUGAGGAGCCCCCGCCAGGAACAAGCCAAGCCGGUUUAACAUCGGAAUUAGAGUCGACAGUGAUUGUCAAGAAGCCGCGGCGGCCUCGGGGACGUGGAUACAUCACCAUCAACCAAAGAAUGAAGGAACGUCGUAAGCAGCGUGCCAUGAAUCGACAGUCACUGGGGGCAACGCUGUUUGAAAGCGGUGGACCAACUCGGCGGAGGAAAAAGACAGCUCAAGAAAGUAUGACGACCUCGGGGACACCGGGAGCUGCGUCAUCAAACGUUGGAAAUGCCUCAGAAUCGGCAACUGUCCGUUCGACCACUGUCGCCAGUGAUCCAGUGACGCCUAGCAAUGAAAACUUGACAGCGGUCCCCGGAGCGGUCCCUGGCUCGGCUGAACCUGCCGAUGAAUCGGCUGUAACCGUGGGAGAUGCUACCAUUGCCAGUAGCUGUCAAAUCCCAAACGCGAAUGCAGACAAGGAUCACACUGCCAGCCAUCCACCGAAAAGAAGGAUGCGAGGUUCCCGUAGAUCGCGCGGAAUUGGCAAGCAGCGUCAUUUUCCAGCAGGGGAAACGUUCAGUGAGUACAAAAAGCGUAUGCAGCUCCUGCACUCUGGACGCGCGCUCCCGCUGCCGCGUGGACGACCAGUGGGCCCUGUGUUGCUGCUGAAGCGUUUCCUGAAAACAGGCUGGGAACAACUGAAGAGAAACGAUAUUAUGCCGACACCUGAGGAGGACUGUCUCAUUUGGGAGACGGUGAUUGAAGUAAGCACUGAUGUAGACGGUGAUUACUCUGAUACUUUGGCCAAAAUCGAGGCUGAAGCAAAUCAUAUGUACAAGAAGGCGCGCGCUGCGCUAGAAAUUGAAGAGCUGAUAGAAAUAGAAAAAGAACAUGGAUCAAGUGAUAACCUCUUGCAGAGUUAUUUCGGAAUCUCCGAAGAAACAAUGUCACGAUGCACAAGCAUCCAGCCAACAGCGGGAUCUGACGAUGCGUUGUCCCCUGAACCAUCAAAAAUGGAGCCAUCACGCAAAAUCCUUCGUGUCUGGGAUGAAGAGGGGCCUCAGCGUUCGGUUCACAUUGCAUACCGUGGGAAGCGUGGUGAAGAGGUGGAUGUGAUUGAUGGCUUUCGCUUCGUGUCAUUCAACACAGCGUCGGCAAUGAUUCGUUUCACACGACGUGAAGAGCAGCGCGCCCGUCGACUCCGAAGACAAGAACGGCGCAAAGCAGCUAUGUUACGGAUGAAAGCUGCACGGGAGAACCGACUUCGGUUAGAUCUUGAUGCUCCAAACGACUGGGACGACCCUGACUGGGAUCCUUACAUAGAUCUUUCCGAUACGGAACUACGUCGGGCGAAGCUGCCUGACCUGGAUCAGCCAUCGAGCCCUUCUGAACCAGAGAUGUUUACAGAACAAAUGCCGAUUCUGGAACCCGACUCCGAUGUGUCGUUUGAGCUGCCCUUCAGCGAUCUGUCAUCGACUUUUGUCGCCCCGACGAGUCAGCGUGAUUCGAAAGGUGAACAGAGUCACAGUCGUUGCCAUGGUCGAGGUGGAGGCCGAGGCCGAGGCCGAGGCCGAGGCCGAGGCCGAGGUCAAGGACGGGGACGCGGACGUGGACGCGGACGCGGAUCCGGAUCUUUGAGAUGGUCAUGCUCGCUACGGGUCAACCGUUUCUGUGAGAGAAAGCGUGAACUCUCGAGGACGUCUUCAUCUACCUUUGAGAACAUAGAGGACGAGUACAACGCGAAGCAACCCUCUGAUCUACAUCAACCAGGAACGUCAAGGCCCGAUCGUAAGCGUUCUCGUCGAAGGAAUGCAUAUGAAGAAAUAAGGGAAAUAGCGCGCGAGGCUUUCGCUCAGUCAUCUCACGAACAUGGUACUGAGUUAGGAGUAGCCUACAACCCUGCAGUCGCAGAUCGGGUCCAAGUCACAGUCGACACGCCGCCUGCCUCAGAUGCUGCUGGAAUCUUCUCCAGUCCGGAACUGGAGGAGUAUCUAAGAGAUCACAGCUCCUUGAGAAUAAGUCUCACUCUUCCCGCUUCGUUCGUCGUGACCAACGUUGCUCGCGCGGCAUCUCCCCCACCGGUGCCAGCGCAGCAGGAAGUUGUCCCACAGAGGCCGCCACCGGAUCGGCUACCUGAUGAACCACGCUGCCGAACGGUUCUGGAACGCCUCGCCUGGCUCGGCUAUCGCACCAAAGAGGAGCUGGAAGCAGGUCUUGCCAAACAGCUCGACGACGCUGUAAAAGCCAAAGCGUCCAACAAAGAACCUGACUUUGAUUUCGACUCUGUGCCAGCGAAAAACUUCCUUCGAUCUCGCCAGCGCCCAAGAUCAGCCUGUCAGAGCCCGGCAUCGCCUCGUGACCAUCACGUACCGCUAGUGUCACGUGCUGGAUGUCUGAUGCCCCUCAGCGCUGUCGCUCAUCGUUCAAUGGUGGAGCGUCGCUCUGACGACAAGUCUACCAACUCGCAAGGUACGGCCCUGUACGCAUAUGAUCAGCAUCAGCAGCUGCUGAUUCGGGGCUCUGUGCCGUGUGACAAAGACGUUCAUGCUCCUCAAGGUCGUCCAGGCUUCCGCGUGCCCAAACCGAGCCGGAUCGUGCGACCUGAGCAUGUUAUUCCGCAGAUGAACCGUCACAACGAGUAUCGUGUCAACACUGUGCCAGUGGACUGCAUCAUGGCGAGGAUGGCUGCGUCGGCGGUGUGCGACGACAGUACUGGAAUUGUCAGGCCUAAGUCAAAGCCAAGGGUGCGUAAGAGGACUCCCUGUGUAGAUCCAUUAGGGAGAAAGAUGGGAGGAACAAUCGAGGAGAAGGGGAUGAUUCGGUGUGUGGACGAUAGGGGAGACCGAGUAGACCAAGCGCAUGAAGCCCGACAGGUGGUCUGUGCAAUGGAGGAAGAAGUGUCGGUGAAACGAAGCAGAUACAUGGAACAGGGAAUGGAUGGAGAAGGAAUGAAGACAACGAGGCAGAAGGUGGCACCAGCUGCUCUCCAGAAUCUGGGUGGCAUAGUGGAAACAGACGACUUUUCGGAGAAAGGAGACGACAAAGAAGUCAAAAGGCCCAGUUGCUCUCGAAUGGGCAAUAAGGACGAUCCGUCUUCCUUUGCAGAUAUCGACAAGACCAGUGCGCGGCUGGAGGAAAAAGAAACGUGGGAAACGAAGGAGGUGGGAGGAAGGAAGGAGAAGGCGACAGAGACCGCUGAAGUAACCCAGCUUAACGGCACAUAUGAGUUAAGCAUGGGAACAGAUGUGUCUCCACACAAGAUCCCAGAGGCCCAACAUGGACAUGAAAGAGAAUGCCUACAAGAACAGAACAACCAGAAAUACACCGAACGAACGCCAGCAGCGGAGUCAACCCUUUAUGCUUCGAAGGGGAAGUACAACAGAGAAAUGCUCCGACUGGGACUUCAUCCUGCACCUCAGACAAAAGCAGGCGAGUCGUCUGUGGCGAACGGAUUGACAGCGUGUGGUCAAGAAGCUUGUCAGAUGGGCUGUGUCUGCAGCAGCCUGUCAUGCCCCAACAUGGAGAAAGAGCAUUGCGGGCAAGUGCAGUGUAUGCUUUGUUGCACCUGUAACAGUAUUGCCUCUGUUGCUUCUUCGACGCCACCAGCCCCAUCGCAAACAGGUACAGACGCCUCUGGUCACGACCAGUCCCCAGCAUGUGCUUCUCUGGGCCCAAAAUCGCUUGGUUCGGUGGCUGGAAGUCGGAUGAAGCGGACGCGCAAAGUUCCAUUAAGGUACACGAAGCAGGACGUAUGGUACGGGGGACCAUUGCUAUUCGGAACAUCAGACGUCAUUACCCCUCGCGUCCAGGCACGAUCGCGUAUGAGGUUGCCAAGUCAUCUGCCAAUGGACGACGAAGAUGUCCUAGACAGACAGUACUUUCAGCUCUCAUGCAGAGUGAGGGUACGGGUGCCACUUUACCGACUGCCGCAAGUGUCGCCGUUUUGUAUCGUACACCAGUCUCACAACUGUCGCAAGUACGCUGAACGCGGAAGCUGUUACAAGCUAACAGCGCAUCGUUUGCGCCAACUGGGCCGCAACGUGGCCGUACGGUCACGCCGUCUACCGCCUACUAUCUUUAGGCCUCGUCAUGACCACUCAGCACGCACGUUCGCGGUUCGAAAGACGAAAAGGCCAAUGGAGUUCCUCCCACUCAAGCAUUCUUGCUUGCUUGCAGGUGCUGUCUACAAGGGAGCGCAAGCACCACGUUUGCCCGUCCCACCACGGCGCCCGCCAACCAUCGUCCAGCUGCCCGACCCAGUGGCCUGUCAAGAUGUGGAGCGUGUCGUCCGCAUCGUAUCGAGUGAAACAAGUGCCACAGCACCCAACAACACUCAGCACGUAGCCGUGCGUCUUCGCAACGGCAUGCUGAACGUGCUGUCCUCAACGCCCGUUCCGCCGGGAAUGACGUGGCGGAUCGAGUCUGCCGACGACGUCUUGGUGGCUGACAAGGAUGGUCAUCGGUUUCGCAACCCACCCGAGGGACAGCGUCUGAACGCUGUGUCAGUGGAGGACAGUGAAGGACAGCUGUAUCGCAUGCCACUGGUUACGAUCAACUAUCAACUUCAGUUCCUUCGCGCACGAGCUAUCAGCAGAGAUGGUGUGAUCACUAUUUACGCGAAGGAUGCUCCACAGUCUGACAAACGUCGUAAGCUGUAUCGAGUGAAUAUGAGGACGCACAAGCUGCAUGAGAGUGGCAUGGUUCUACUCCGUCGGGUCACUGCCGGGACGUUCAUCGUCAUUGGCAUUGUGAAGGCCUGUGACGAGGAGAAGGAAUGGAUUGCGGAAGCUGUGCGCUUCUUGUGUGGCCUCGGUGGUGGCAUGGUGCAAAGCUCUCUCCGGUGCAUGCUCGAAGCAUUUGACAUAGACAGGGUCUGGCAACUGAACUCGGCCAGUGCCUAUCGGAUGCCGACCACAAGUGUCCCGACGUCUCUAGAAGAGAAGGGGAAGACGAGUCAAAUGAUUAGGUAUGUGUCGCCGAGCAGGGCUCCCAAACACUUCUUGCGACCUGUCUCGUCAACGGAUGUACCAUCCUUGUCGCUGACUUGUGAGGAAUCGGUCUCAGAUGCAGAUGGCGACCAGGUGUGCACCCUCAAAGAUGGUAGCGGUGCUCCCGCCUUCGAACAGCAACGCUCACAAAAAAGACCGAGAUGCCACCCAAUCAAGCAGCGUGUGGUUCCCACUGAGGUCCAGAAGCGCGUCUGUCUAAGUGAUGGAGAAUCUGCCGCUGGAGGGGCUCCACAGAAAGCACCGCAUCCUUGCGAAUUAAAUCAGCAACGCGAGUCCGUUGCUACUGACAUUCCGCCGCAGAAGCCGUUAUCUGCGCGUGACAAAAAACCUGCUGCUGAAGGAGCUCCGCAGAUCUUGCCACUCAUGAGCAGGCCCACCCAGCAGCAAGCAGGCAUCAGCCCCGACAUCCAGACGCAGAUGUCGGCAUGCAACAGUCGCAAGCCUUCUUCUGGAGAAACCCCACAGAGUGCAUUGCCAAUGGGCGGCCUUUCCCAGCAAUGCUUGUCGUCCUCUCCUGACGAGCAGAUUCAAAUACCGCCUUGUAGCAGUAACACAUCUGCUGCAGGAGCUUCACUAAGCGUGCCACCUAGCUCAGGUCUGAAGCAAGCGUGCUAUGGUGGCAGCCCUCGCAUCCGGCUGCGUGUUGAAGACGGGAAAGUGGUAGCGGUGACGCAGGGUGGCAAGAACAUCCAGGUGGCUGCAACAAAAAGUUCCAAGGACGUGACGAAAGGGCAUAUGAAGGUGGCUGUCAAAGGUGGCAUCAGCACUGUCAAUGCAGCCGCGAAAGAUGGCUCGGUUUCUGGGUGUGGUUUGUUGGGUACCAACUGCUCACUGGAUGGAGAUGCGUCAAAUGUCACAGAACAUGCUCCUGAAAGUGUGUCAAGUUGUGGGAAACUGGGCUUGGCGGUCACUGAGGAUGCUCAGCCUAACGCUAAAUCUAGUAACUGCGACAAAAUCAUCGUAUCCUUCAAGCGACAUGAACAAGAGGCCCUGAGGAAGGCUAUCAACGCCGCCCACCAAGUUCCUACCAAAGCCUUUCCUUUGCUAGCUCCUCGCCAGCCGACAACGCUACAACCAGGGCAAUUGUCCGGCCAACCCACUCUGAAAUCAACAGAUGUAACAGUGCUCCGCCAGGGCAAGCCUUGUGAUGUCAUCCGGGUCAGUGUAUCAACGGUAUCUCAAGUCCCUGCUGCGUCAAAGUCAGUGUCUGGUGCUGGGUCAAAGUCGGCGUCCGGUGCUGGAGCCAAUCCGCCAGUGCCAGGCAGCCUCCCGACCGUCACGCUAUCAGGAUCCGCUCUGUCAGGCCAAUCGAAACCUGUGUCGACAGUGAAUAUCAAACGUGGAGAUCCUACAAGCCAAAAUCCGUCACAAGCUGCGAAACCAACAGUUUCCCGACAGUCAGGAGAAACAAAGCGACAGACUACAACAACCACAGUAUCAGACGCUGAGAAAGCAGCGACGAGUUCCCAGACGCCCUCGUACACGGUAGUAUCAUCAAGCAGGUCAUUCCUGUGUAUGGGUAAGUCGUCAGCUCUACCGAAGCCUCAGACCGUCGAUAGCUCAGCAUCGUGUCGAGCGCAGUCGCUGACAUCGUCUCAGUCCAACUCAGAGGUGGGCGAUGCUGCGAAGGUGACAAGAGCGACAAAGGAAGUCAUGCACCAGAAACCUGGACCUACCUCCAAGACAGGUCCGGAGCUACCACAAGUGGUACAGUCUGGCAAAGAAAGACAGGGCCUAAGCACGACGAUGGCGUCUCAGUCGGCCGCUAAUCAGAAUGAACAGAACAAAGCUAAGUCUACUGGCGGUGCACGUCUGUCAUAUGUGCGCAUGCCGCCCGAACGUGUAGAGGGGCGCAUGGUGACUGCUCGCUUCGGUGGCAAACCUUCGCGCUGGAACAUGAUCGAAGUAGACAAGGUACCAGACCUUAUGCACGUCGAUGGCAUUCCCAUCUCGCUCACCAAGCGAUACCUCAAGCACGCCGUGCAUCAGGUGAAGAACACUGGCCGCCCUGUCUCGACCAAGGUGAACAAUGUGCUCGUCACCAUCGUAUGGAUGCCCCACCUGCCUGACUUUGUCUUCCUCGGACCCAUCAAGGAGCAGCCCGGGACGAGGUCGAGUACUGAGCCGGUUCCGGUGGCAGUCGCUGGCAGCACCGCGCCGGCUCCGUCCGCACUCGGCGUAGCGGCGGUGGCCGGACAGAGAACGCCGACGGAGACCGUCACCAGCACCGCAACGUCGUCGGGUCCCACUCAGAGGCCGAGUACCGCAUCGAAAACGGUGAUCAUUCCCUCGAAACCCAAAGCAAAAGCAACGUCCGCAACGCCGCCGUCUGCUGCGACUCGGCCUCAUGUGGUUAAAGCGGAGGCUCUAUCUCGGCGGGUGGGUAAUGUCCAGCGGCCCCCAGCUCCGUCUGCGCCGCCUGCGGCUCGACGCGCAGCGCUUGCCGCCUCCGCCGCCGCCACCGUGGACCCGCUGUCACCCUCCAUGGAGUUGUCCGCGGCGCUGGCGUUCGACGAGCCAGGCGCGUCGGCGACCGGCGACAGCGACGACGAGGUGGUGGUGCUGCCGCCGCCGCCGCCACGCGCUCCUCUCGACGUCAUCCUGUUGGACAACUCGGACAUCAGUGACGACGAGCUGGUGCUGGACACCAACACCGAGUGCCCGGAACGGAUGCCAGCUGCGAGCCAAUCUGUGGGCGAGGCAUCGACAUCGGGGCCCGGCAGGCCUCGCUCGGGCGGUAUUCCGACGGCGUCUUCAGUGCAGACACCUGCCGCCGCAGCGCCUGCCAGCGGCGGGGCGUCUCACGAGACAGCGCCUCCCACGGUCCCGACACCCGCCGUGGCAGCGUCCCAUGUCAACCGACCAUCCGCCAAGGCAGUGCCCGAUGUGGAGGAUCAAAUAUCCGCCAAGGCAGCGCCCCAUGUGAUUCGACCAUCCACUAUGGCAGUGCCACAUGUGGAUCGACCAUCCGCCAAGGCAGUGCCACAUGUGAUUCGACCAUCCGCCAAGGCAGUGCCACAUGUGAUUCGACCAUCCGCCAAGGCAUCGCCCUCCAGCAGCGGGCCGUUGAAGCGGGUGCUGCCGCCCCCCUCUGCUCCUUUGCUACGUGCAGUGCUGGCCCCCAGCACCGUUGGCUCCGGAGCCGGAACGCGAGACCCUGGGAGGCCCUCCACUAGCUCGGCGCCCGAGGAGCCGAGUCCGGCGCGACCGGAGCCGGACGGCGCGACUGCCACGGACUCAGAGCCGCGACCCAAGCGACGCAAGCAGCAGCUCCAAGAGCGGCCCAUCCAAUCGCCUGUGCCGCCGUUUGUGCCGACGCCUCCACGAGUGCGGGUUCGAGUGAAUGCCGGGGAGUACACGGCCGCCAAGCACGCCUUGGAGGAGCUCCUGUUCGGGCGACUCGAGAACGCCACGCCCAUCAAACGCCAGACCGUGCUCGUACUGAAGACGGCACAGGAGGAGGUGCGCGUCCAGCGGAGCCGCCACUCCCAGCUGAAGGUGCGACUCUGGCAGGUCUCGCAGAAGCAGCGCAACCUUCUGAACCGACUGAACCGGGGGCUGGCUGAGCUGCCUCUGGAGAAACGGAUCGAGAAAAUCGCCGAGAUCGAGGAUCUGCUCUCCUUCGUGCAGGUGCGUGUCGACGGUGACGAGCACGAGCCUGUGAUGCUGCUGGAGCAGAAGCAGAGCCAGCAGCCGUCCCAGUUCCGUGUCAUCGCGCCCGACGGCGUGCCGGCGCCGCCGCCCAGCGCCGAGGACACAGACGCCGACGAGCUCUCCGUGAUGUAGACGCCCCGGCACGCCCGGCACGCGACUGGAAGCGAUGAGAGGACUGGCACUGUGGACACUGAGUGCGCACAGCGGCGCGACAAGAUAUGAUGAGAGUUGAGGGAGAUCUUUUCCAGACUUGUUGCUUGAUAUGUUGCUAAUGCGUAUUAUGUAUGUUCUGCUAAUUGCUCUAAUACCUCGUUGAAGCGGAAUAGGACGUUAGUGAGCUUGAGGGCGUUAGGCUCCCCUGAGCCCUGAUGAGCGAAAUGUUUGACACAUCUGAACACUGCUGUAGUGGGAUGUCCCGCAAACCCACGAGAGGUGGGAAACUGCAGCUUUCCACUGCAUCUGAGAGCGAGCGAAGAUUGCUGGUUGUGCUGAUACAUUUUCUGUUGAUUGUUCAGAGCACCGGUACGCCGUGUGUUGUUCGCCCACUGACUGUUCCUGGCUGGUGAGGCCAGGGCGCGCUGUCGUGUAGAAAUGUGUUUGGGGCGUGCUUUGUGCAUUCUUGGUGACUAUUACAGGGCUGUGACCGCGUGCGCCGGUGGCCACGCCAUUCGCGUGAGCAGCGCCCCGCGAGCUUGCUGCUGAUAACUGCCAGUUCCGUUCAGUGUGAUAGUGUGCUGGUGUAAAUAGUGUUGCACGCCGUGCAAGUCGUGAGCCAUGUUAUCAAUGCCCUUGUACCAUCCUGUAUCCCAGAGACGUGCAUUAGGUGAGACGAUGCAGAUAAAACAUUGAGUACAAAUGUAGACAUGGUUAGUGGCACAGACGGCUGCCGCACUUUUCUGUUUUUGCUGAGCAUUUGUGGGCUGUCCUUGUGUUGGCGCGCUGUAACUUGUCGAGUGAUUCCGUUUGUGCGGGUUUGGAGAAGUGUAGACAGCAGAACCGUCUCCAGACGAUACGACUGUGGAAGGUGAGGUUUCCCAGACGUUGUGUGACGUAUGCGUCACGUGUAUCUGUGUACAAAAUACAUGAUUACCAGUUAA